CCGCCACUUGCUCACUCGAACCAUUGAUAGAUUUAAUAUACAUUGAAAACAAAUUGAUACAUGUUUAGUAUUGUACUGGAUAUUGUGGUCGGUGUUGUGUUGGAAUUUGAGAGAUUUAACUCGCUAUAGUGUUAAUUCUUACCGUCAAAGCUGUCGUACAGAUUAUCAAAAUGGAUAUUAAAGAAUAGAUGAUGGAAGAUUUGGACAAACGUAACUAACACGAGGCAACAUGGAGUAUGGUUGAUUUAUUGGUGUAUGGGACUUCAAAAUGUCUGCUGCCAUGCAUACUGAGGACGGUAGGGUCUCCUCAAUCCUACAUCUUCAUCGCAAAGGUCCACGGGGUAGGACUCAUUUUCCUUCUGGAGACAAGGAUACUGUUCGGUGUAGAGAAACUAGAUAUGGUGUGUCGUUCGACAACAGGAACAACCGCCAUCUUGAUCGUCAAGGGAAACAAAAACAUACAAGCAAAGUUCGGCGAACUUUGGCAUUUGACACUGAUGAUGAUGAUGAAGAUGCUAACUUAUACAAUGGAGGUCUAGAUUUCACAGACAAAAUUGCAGCCUUAAGGUCACUAAUUAUACCAAUCAAAGAUCCUGUAUCAAUUUUAAAAUCUAAACAUAACCUUGACCAACAUAAAGAUGAAAACAUUUCAAAAAUAAAUUCAAACACUUUCACGGUGGACACCAAAAAAGAUACUGAAGUAGAAAUUUCUAAGAAUGACACUGCGAGGGCCAAACGGUCACUUCUCAGUCGUAAGGUGGAUAAGGAAUUGGCUCGUAUGUCCUUCAUUAACUACCAGGCUCACGUCCACCUGAUGGAGAAAGGACACCCAUCAAAGGAAGUGACGCCUCGGACUGAUGUACAAAAUAGUGUUAACAAAAAUUCAUCUGUGUCAAACAUUCUGGAGGAGUAUAUAGAGCUCCAUGAUAGGAAAAAACGGUGUCUGAAUUUCUCGGAAGGAUUGGAAGGUAUGGUUAAAGAUGAUAAUGACCGAAACAUAAAAUCAUCGUCAAGGAACACAGACAAACAAAUUUACGAUCGCAAUGUUGUUGAUGUUGAAAUGAAAGUAAAGAAAAAAGGUGGUGUAAGUCGGUCCAAUAUUGUCGGAGACUUGAUACAAAGUGGGAAUCAGAUUGAUCAAGGUAAUAGCAAGUUGAAGCCUAGUCAAGUAGCACAGACAAAUCUUUCCAUAGGAAGUGACCCCCUUAGUGAUGUGGGUUCAUUACUAAACAAAGAUGGAGGACAUCAGGGGUUUAAGACUGUUCAGAGCAAUGUUCCGCAUUAUAAUCCCGUGUGGUCAUCACCAGAUAAGGAGACCGGUCAUAAGACGACAGGUCAUGUGUCAAAACAUCAAACGUCGAGUCCGCGAGUGCCAAAGUCCGCUUCUAAUGCCAAAAGUUUGUAUGGGGGAACUAAGUUAGGAUCUAGUCAAGCAGAGGACACUAGAUAUCAGACAAACGUACAGAGAUAUGUAGACACGUUCAAAACAGAAACGAGUGGUAAAAGGCAUAAACAUUCUACUGAAAAGGAUCAUAUUGAUCCUCCCAAAAGUUCACGAUCUGGACGUGACCGUAAUCAUAGUGAGGGCUCUAAGAGUAAACACUAUCAACAAAAACGUAGGUCAACAAGCAGGAAUUGGCAUGAGCCGGAUCAUUUGGAUCAUUUUAUGUCGGACUCCUCUAAGGAAAAUAUACCUGAUUCCGACUGGGACAGUGAUGGAAUGGACGAUAGGCAUCAAAGUCAGCAUCAGAAUUCAGACGGUUUUGUCAAUGGAAAUAAACAAAAUCACAAAAGUAGAGGAAAAUACAAAAGCGGAUCAAAUAAAAAAUUCAAAGAGAGAAACGAGCAUAGGAUACAGGACAAGCAUGUCGUUGAUCCUGAUCACCAAAAUGGACUUUCAGAUGAAAGUUUACAGAUAAUACCGGAAAGGGAUCUACCGUCUAAUCAGCUGUCCAAAAUGGCCUCGCAACCAACUCCCAAAAAAUAUCAAGAUGCAGUCGAAUCAAGGGUGUCGGACACCAGUCUGUCCGGGUCAGUGUGGUCCUCCGGGAGCCAGUCUAGCGUGAUACAGGCUGCUGAACUCAUCAAGAAGCUCUACAGUGCUGAUGCUCACACUAGAGAGGAACUUGUCCUGAAGGCUCGCUUCUUUCGACGCUGGUUAAAGUGUGUCCGUCAUCGCCGCAAGGGUUUCCGUAGAAAAGGUGCUGUAGAUGAGGACGAUAGCACUCUUACAGACUUUCUAAAACCAUCAAGUCGCAAAGACUGUGUACGUCAGAGUACUCCCCGAAAAUAUGUAGACUCUUCUGUCGUGGAGAAAGCUAUUCACUCCACACAGAAACUUGACAGUCUGACUACACCAGUCACCACAGAGCAUGUCUACAGGACCACAGAUGGUGGUCACAGAACAAGAAAUGGAGGUUAUCAGGUGGAGAAAGGGGAGGAUAUGUUAGUACAAACAGAGUGCAAGGCCAUUGAACAGGAAAAGGUGACAAGCAAGGUCAACAUUGGCCUCAAUGGAGAUGAUCAUAAUCUUGCUCACACACGUUUACUUCAUAUAGAAAAUUUCCUCGAAGACGCCCUACAAGAAUGGCAGAAGAAUUCAGCAGACGACAGUUUACUUAAUGGGGUCCUUAAUAUUAAAUCUGGACACAACUGCAAAGAAAUCAAUUCAAACUUGGAAGAAAAGUUACUCUCAGAUGUUGUCACAAAGCAAAGCUCCGAUAAGGAUGCACUCAUUAUGAAAAUGUCCAGUCCUCUGAGGACGAAUUCUGUGAGCAGUAGAGACAGCCGAUUUAAAAAGAAGAGAAGGAACAGUUCUUUAGAUAGGUUGAUGAAAUCUGAUGAUAACUCUGAUAAAGACAAGCAGAAAGAUCAAAGACAAAACAAUGGUGUCAUGGAUCUACAUGUCGGUGAUCACGUUCCGGUCAUUAAUGGUGAGAUCGGCCUCAGUAACAGCCAGUCUUCCAGCCUUCUCAAGCAACGUGUCGGGACCAAAUUUAUCAAGAUACAGAAAAAGAAACGAGAUUCAACUAGUUCACUUCCUGUACAGGUCCAGACCCCUAUAGACAGUGACCAACAGCUAUUGGACACCGCUAACUACGGAGUCUGUCUUCAGAGAGCAGAGAUAUUUCUACGAGAUCGUCUUCUGAAGAUAUACUUUAAGAUGUGGAAAAAUCGCACCAUGGCAAAAUUAAAGGAAAGUCGAGCAGCUGGUCUCCAUCGUUACCAUUCACUGCGGAAAGGUAUGAAAGCAUUCUCAUGGGCCAUUAGUCGUUCACGGAUCCAAGUGGACAUUCUCCAGUCGCGAAUGACCAGCAUUGUUUUAGCUGCCCGCUUCACUCAGUGGCGAAAUUUAGCUAUGAAGAAUCGCCGGCAGCGUCUGGAGAAAUCCUUCAAUAGAUGGCAGUGUUUUACUGUGGAGUCGCAGAAGCGAUGUAAAACGCACACACAAGUUAUGGAAAUAGUAAGAAAACUUAGAUGUCAGGGGGAACAGAAGAUCCUACGCGGGGCGCUCACACAGUGGCGUUCACAGUUUGUUACACGCCUCAAGGAGAACAAAGCCGACCAACACUUUAGGACAACCCUACUUACUGAACAGCUGAGGUGUUGGAAACUAUUCACUAUGGAUUCGAAGAAGAAAAAAUGUCGAGUGACCACAGCGAGACUGUUUUUCUCACAUCAUUUACAAAACAAGAUGUUUGUCCAAAUGGUGAUGGUGUUUAGAAAGUCUAACAUGGCGAGAUCACAUCACAGGAAGAGAACGUUACACAUGGUACUGAUCGCCUGGCGACAGGCGUCACAUGUCUGUAAAGUAGAGCGACAGCGUGACAUGAGUAUUAGCAGAGAACACUGGCGCAUGGCGACUACAAAACAAGUGUUCCAUCAGUGGCACGACCAGCUACUCGUCCAAAGGACGCGCACAAACAAAAACAGGCAGCUCAUUAGGAAUGCAUUCCAAAUCUGGAAGGUAGAGUGGACAAGACUGUUUGCAGAGCGAGUUGAAAAUGAAGCACGUCUGAGACACGAGAUUCUUACUACAGCCCUUCAACUAUGGCGUGCCAAUGUGGAGCUACUACAGAGGCGGCGCCAGGCCGGUAUCGUCCACUUACAGAGAGCACUAGUUCGUCACGCUCUACAGGAGUGGAGGGCAUACACUCACCAUCGAAAAGAACUCAGGAGAAUCAUGGCAGAUUACAAACGCACCAAAGACCUGCAGAUACAGCAACGAUGUCUGUCCAUCUGGCGUCAAACAUUCGAGGAUAGACUUGACGUCCAGAAAGCGAAGCAGUUCUGGUCCAACAUUUGUGUGAGGAAAGCAAUAGUUCAAUGGAAGAAGCUGUGUCACAGACAUAUGCUCUACAACUUACUGGAAGCCACAGAGCCAGUCCGAAGUUUAGCACUUUUGAGAGUAAUGUUCCAAAGAUGGUUGGAUGCCAAAUCAAAGGUCAACAGUGAGAAACAGGAAGCAGACCAAAUGCGUACAAUUCUGGAACGUUCACAGCUGCAACGAAACUUCCAAACCUGGUGGAUAGCUACCCAGCAGCGCCUCACCAUUAAACCUAUGUUGCUACGCCGACAGAGGGCCAUGGUUACAGAAGUCUUUGACAAUUGGCGCUGGUUAGUGAAACACAAGGCUGCAUGUAAGAGAAGUAGCGUCCUCUUCCAGACUAGCCAACUACGGGCCAAGUUCUUAAUCUGGAGGCACCAGUAUCAGAUCCACCAGUUGGAGAAGGACGUACACAAGACAAACAACCUGAGUCGUCUGAGACGUUCCCUACAGGGCUGGAAGCUAAUUAUAUCACGUAAACAUACAGCUGACGAUUUCAACCAGAGAGUGCUGCUGAAAAGGACCUUCCUGUACUGGCGGGAGAAAGCCCUCGGACAACUUGAGAGGCGGAUGGAGGCCAACGAGAUAGAGGAGUAUAAUAUGUCGAUUUUGAGGUCACACUUUGACCUGUGGUUAGCCAAUGUCCGCGAGAAGGUUGUGGAUGAAGCAGCCAUUGUAACAAGGAUGGAACAGGACCGGACAGACCUCAGUCUGAGAAAAUCUUUCUUGUUCUGGCGCCGACACUUCAGGGCUAUCGUCAUUGCAAGAGAGAACCAGGCCCUUCUGUGUCGUAAACUUCAGCUACAGGCUAUACAGGCAUGGCACCAUCUGACACAGACGAGACUACACGAUGCUGUACACAACUUCGCUGUCAGUCUCGGUCUUGAGUCGCCCAGUGGGGAUAUCAUGUCAAUAUCAUCAGGUGUGUUUGAGUACAGACUCUCCCCCCAGAGUGACACGUGUCUGUCACCAAGGACAGAAUUUAGUGAAAGGGUGGAUCCCUACCUGUCACCCGGGCCAGGUACACCGAGGAGGAUAGAAGCCUUCUACUCCUCAGGAGGGCCAGGAACACCAACUAGAAGAAUGUUCUCUCCUUCCCUCAGUCUGUGGAAUCUGGAUCAGGACAGUACAGACGUGAGCCAUCGACCAACCCUGGCAGACAAGUCUUUCCUUGACACUCGGUUCGCUAUGGAACAAGCUGUGAAAACGGAGAAACUCAGGACACUUGUGUUCCAUGCCGUGAAGCGACUCAGAUUUUGGCCUAUAAGCAUUGCCUUUGAUCAGUGGAAGGAAUUCACCAAUCGUCAGCGAGAACUCAAAGUGUUGUCCAAUCAGCUGCAGGCUUACAUAAAGGAAGCGAAGAUGAGGCAUGUGUUUAGGAUAUGGAGGACAGCUCAAACCAAUAACCACAAAGCCAAACAUUUUAUGGAAUCAACUCUGAAGACCUGGGUGUUCACAACUUUGUACCAACACAAAUGUAAAUGCAAGCAGAAGAAAGAGUUAUCUGCCCUUGCCCAUCGUCAUGUGUCACUGAAAGUGUUCCGAAAGAUGUUCCCGGUUUGGUAUGAGAAGGCAAAGGAAAAACGCAACCAGGAACGUGUGUGUCAUUUGUGGAGUAACUUGACUCCUGAAGAACAAACCCUGUUGCCACUGGAGACGGAGGUCAAGGGUCGUAUUGAGAAAAAGACUCUGCAGAAGUGUUUUGCUGUGUGGAAUCUCAAGUUUCAGCAGAUUUAUAGAUUGAAGAAGGCCUUCAAUAAAGUCUUACUUCACAGGUAUAUAGGAGAAUGGAAGGUUUGGUCAUGUCUGAGACGAGAGAGGAGGGAACAAUCGGCCACAUUUUGUGCUCACAGACUCCAAAAACAGGUAUUUUAUUUGUGGCGGUUGCGGUAUCAACAGCAGUCACAGGUGGAACAACGACACAAGAACGUUUGGCAGAGUCACCUAGUCAGAGUUGUCGGAGAAUGGCACAGGUGGACUGUAGCUGCAAAGCAGCACCGCAAUAUCUCAAAAUUGGUUGAGAAGAAACAGCAGCUCCACCUGGUGGUGAACACAUUCAUGAAGUGGAGACUAGAAACAAGGAAGCAGCAACAGAUCACAGUUUGGUACCAGACACGAUUGACUCUCAAGGUUCUCUACAGUUGGCACCAAGUGACUCUACAACAGAAAACCAGGAAACGCCAGAUCUUGGAAUUCCGUGUCAGGAGCUACACCAAACUGGUGAGGAAGCUGUUCCGUACCUGGCACAACUUCUAUAUCAGUCGCCUACAGCAACACCAAGACCACGAGAAAGUUGUCCGCAUGCGAGCGCUACAGAUUGGCAGGAAGUGGCAUCGAAAGGCACAAGCAACCAGGGGGCGUCAUCUACAGCAACACUUCAAAUAUCGACAGUUGCGGUCAUGUUUCCGUCGCUGGAAAUCGUGUCACGAUCGUCAACUGGAGCGCGAGGACAUGCUUGCCGACCACAUUGCUCGAAAAGAUCAAGAACUUGUCAGUUGUUACCUAUCAAACUGGAGGACCUCAGUGAUGUGCUGCCAGGCUGGCCGCAUGUUCAACACCAAACUCAUCAGUACUGUGUUUGUAGAGUGGCACAUCUUUACAGCAGAGGCUAAGAGUAGACAAGCGAAAUGUGCAGCAUUCCAGCAAGCCCACCAACAGCGUAGUGUAGCAAUACAGUUUCUGUAUUGGGUCCAUGUUACACGCGUACGCCGGUCCAUCCAUCACCACUUUAACCUCAAGCUUCAAAUACGGGUGCUGAGAGGCUGGGCAGUGGUAGCAAGGCGACGCCGUAAAUUAAAAAGUCUACAUGAACUGAUGUCUGCCCGUGUCAAUCGCAGGCUACUUAUCUCAUCCUGGUAUACAAUGAGAGAACACUUUGACUACUACCAGUCCCUAACAGACAUGUGUAACAAGGUCGUGAAGGACAAGGACCAAGCCUGUGUGCAUCAUGCCCUGGUAAAGUGGAGAGAACGACUCAAUAGGGUCAUUGCCGCCCAUUGCUACCACCAUAUGCUGGCUCGCCGAGGCGUUCGUGUGUGGUGCCGUUUUGUUUUCCGACGCAAACAGGAGCGACAGCACCAACUAGACCAGGAGGCGAAGGCAGUGAGACAUCAUAACAGGCACCUCAGUCGGAUGGUCCUGUAUGCGUGGCACAGUGAGAUCUUGGUUGUACAUCAGGUACAGCGCCAUAACAACCUGCUGUCACAGAAAUAUGGGCGGCUUUGGAAACUGAGAGUGGACAUGAUGUAUACUGCCAAGAUUCUGGAAAAAGAAAAUAUAUACAAGACUUGUUGGCGACAGUGGAGAAUACAGUUUGCCCAACAGCUUGCCAUGAAAAGGAUGUACAAUUAUAAUGAGAAGCACCUGUUAGCCCAGGUGUUUGUGGCCUGGAAGAGUUUGAGUUUGAAGAAAAAACCAAUCAAGUAUUUGACAUCGUCGCCAGUCCCAUCUUCCAUUCCUGUACUGCGCCUCCCCAACACUGGUCUUAGUUCAGGGGAGUCAACUCCGACACCAAGUCCCCGCCCUACUCAGAUCCCAGGGCCUUUAAGUGCAAGAGGAAACUCAGGGUCAGGGGUCACAGGGUCAAGGUUGAGUCAGCGUAGGUCAUCAGUACCUGGUAUUAUCCCCACAAGAAGAAACUAAUUCUGUCUAUUUCUUCUGAUUUCUCAAGACUCUCUGAAAGUUGUUGUGGAACAGACAUAUUGACUGUACAAGGUGAAAAAUGUACGAGGUAUUGUCUUGGAAAUUCAUCAAUCAGAACAAAGCCAUUGUGUUAAUUGUCUUGAAAGAAAUGUUCUUGUUUGUGUUGAUAUGUAAUGUGUGUUAUUGGUAAAUUGGUAAAUGUAAGGUCAAAUAAAUUAUCAUGCAAGCCAAGCUGUGAUAUUGAUUUAUUCAAGUAACAUGUUUUAUAUUAUAAAUACACGCAUUUGUAAAUUGGGCAAGUCGGUGUAUUUCUUAACAUGACAAUUAAGAGGUAGCUGUCUGGGAAACUCAUUAUAUAUAUUGUAUCAUAAAAAGUACUUCAUAUGAUGAAGAGAACUUCAAACUAGUGUUUAUAUUCCAUGUGAUAAUUCAGAAAAUGACUGGAGCUUGCUCCAUUAAUAUUCAUAGAUUAUAUUUUUUGGAGGUUGCUGAAUAUUUAUUUUUCUUCACUGAUAUUUAAAUAUCUUGGUAUUUGAAAAUAAUUUACAUGUCAUUGGUAAAUGUCAACUUAACCAUAAAAUAUGAUUGCUAAAUUGAUAAUCAAAAUGUCUUGCCAAUUUUAGUGUAGGUUUUAAUCAGGUGUAAGCUAAUAUUGUAUAUUUCAUGUGAAUGGCUUUUCACCUAAUGGGUUUAUUGCCAUUAGUGGGUCUUUCUUUUGAAAAUAAAAGUUAUUCAUGAAGUAAACAAAAAACUAGAUCUUUAAUCUCACACCAAUACUCAGAAAUUAGAUAUCCAAACUUGAAUGGACAGUAUCAGAAUGGGAUUAAAGAUCUUGUUUUAAUCAGAGCUUUUAUGAAGUUAAGUUAUAAACAUGGUUAGCCACUAUUAGACCAGAUAUGACACUUUAUCUAUAUUACAUGUAUUUACGUUUUGUGUGUGCGUGCUUUUUUGGUUUUGUUUUUUGUUUUAAUUUAGUGCUAGUAUUGUAAAGAUAGACGGAGAAAAAUUUGAUCUAAGUUGCAAAACUUAUAAUUGUUUCUGAAUCAAAUUUAUAUGGCAAAUUAUAAGAAUGACAUAAAUUAAAAGUAAUACAUAUUGUAUAUUCAAGAUACAGAUUUGAGAUGAAUCCUAACUCUCAUGAUUGUACCAACAUUUAAAAGAAAAUGGAAGAAAAACCUUGUUUACCAUUAAAGUUACCGCCAUACAGAUAUUUCACAUUUUUCAGUGACCCAAUGUUUUGUACUAAGAUGACAUUUAAUUUACUCAAAGACAUUGUCAUGUUUGUGCCAAAAAAUUCUGGAUCUAUGCAGAUUAGUUUGUGAUGUAUGUGAAUGAUUUAGUUUGUUUGUUCGAAUUAUUUGUUAGAACAUUAUUGUAUGUUUUUAAGCCGAUCUCACCUGGUCAUGAAUCAUUGAUCUUUCUCAAAUGUCCUUUGUAGGUUCCCAAGUUGUGCAUGUGAUUCUGAAUGUUGAAAAACAGUUUGCAGAGAAUUCUGAUAUGAAAACAAAACCAUAAUUCUUAUAAAAUAGAUAAAACAAGGGGAAAAUAUUAACUUAAAUGUGUUGAUUUUAAUGGAGACCCUUUAAAACAUAUAUUCAAGGAGAAUGAGUUCAGGAAGACUAUUAAAUACUUCGCUGAUAACACUUUUUGUUAUUGCUAUUUCUCAGGAACAUAUAUUUCGAGAAACUACCAUUUGAAGGUUCUUAACCCUUUCUCCCUUGUUCGAUUUUGGGACCGAUCAGAACAAAAGUAGCUAUAUUUUGUCCACAGAACAGAUACCUGAUAAUUAAGAUGAAAUAUCAAAGUGGAAGGUUAUGGUACCUAGAACCAGUAAACAUUAUUUGAUUGUGGAUGAUAUACUAAGUAUAUUUAUGUUUAUUGAUGAACGUUACUUUAUGGCAAGAAAAACAAACAAAUUUACAAUUUUUUCGUUAUAUUUUAAAGGUUUAUAAUAAGCUGUGAUUUGAUUGUACAUGAUGUAUUUUGUUUUUAUUUAUUUUGUCCAAAGCACGUGUGAUAUUUUUAGAACUUGUGUAGUACAGCCCAAUAUCUUGUUUUGUGUUUUACAUGUCUCAACAUUGUAGUUUGUGUAUUAAAUGUUGAUUUAUAAUAUUUCAUUUAUUUAUUUUUCAUGCUUUCAUACUUUUUUAUUAUCUUAGAAUACUUUUAUUUAUUUAUAUAUUUCAUAUCCAUGUUAUAAUAAUGGUAUUACAAUGCAUAGGGAUGAUAAUGUAGUGGUUGGAAUACAAACAAUGAAAUAAGAGAAUUUUUCUAAUGAUGAUAAAUCAGUAUAAAAAAUGUUUAUUGCAUUGCUGUAUUAAUAGACAAAUAUAUUUCAAAUCAUUUCUCAUAGUGAAGUCCCAAAAGAUGGACAAAAUGACAUCUGAAGUUGCAGAUAAUUCUUAAAACCUGUUAUGUAUUGUUUCAAUUCAUUAUCAUUGUUUCAUUGAUUAUGCUUCAUAAUCUACGGUGUAUUUCAAAAUGAUCUAAUGUCAGUCUAAAAAUUAAAGUUCAAAAUGAGAAAGAAACUGGAAAUCUGCGAAAAACUGAAAUAAUUGUAUCUUGAUAUAGAAUUGUUUUGUGAAAUUAGCUAGAACAAGUGCCUCCAGAGAACCUUAUAAUUUGCAGGCUGUUUAUCCGGUUUGAGAUGGAGCCUUAUAAGAUGGCCUGUUUAUCCGGUUUGAGAUAGAGCCUUAUAAGACGGCCUAUUUAUCCAGUUUUAGAUAGAGCCUUAUAAGAUGGCCUAUUUAUCCAGUUUUAGAUAGAGCCUUAUAAGAUGGCCUAUUUAUCCAGUUUUAGAUAGAAACUAUGUGUACAGCCUAUUUAUCCGGUUUGAGAUCAUUGGUGCUGACAUGAUAAAUGUCUUAUUUUUCAUAUUUAUUUAUUUAAAUACUUGUUUAGGGUUUGUGUAGGACAAUUCUCAAAGUAAAAUUUUGUUGGGAAUAAAAACUGUUUGAAAUGGUA